AUGGCCUGGUCGAGAUUUCUCAAGGUGUUCAUCUUGGGAGUCAGCUUCCACGAGGGGCAGCUGGUCAAGAAAGCCCUCGAAUCUUUCUACGCUCUCGGCCCGACAACUUCUGCCCGCAUCAUGGCCAAAUACUCGAUUCACCAGCUUGCCAAAAUCGGCUCAUUAGCGCCGAGGACAGUAACUUCCCUGACGGCGGAACUGUCGCAAAUGUCCAUAGAGACAGACGCAAGAAGACAAGUGCAGGAAAACAUCAGAAGAUUGAAGGAUAUAGGAUCCUACCGAGGCAGGCGGCAUGCCAUGGGCCUGCCAGUCCGGGGCCAGCGAACGAGAACACAGACAGCGACCGCCAACAAGCUCAACAGAGUAGAUCGCAGAGCUUAGAAUUCUGGCUGAGCUCAAGUUGGCGGAGAGGAUACGGAGUUUCGGAACAGCAAUCGGGAGGUUACAAUUCGCAGCCAGCCCAAAGGAUGGGAAUGCGUCAAAAAGAAUAUCGCCUGCGUGUACCAGGCCUUGUAUAAUACGUGUAUAUGACAAAAAUAACGUACGAAGAAAACGCUAUAUAUUAUAUAUCUGCUACGCUUACAGUUUGUCUUCCAUGAUGGGCGCGCCAUCGGCCUUGAGUUGAGCAGAAACAGCGUCCACCUCCUUCCAGACCCUAAUAACAUUGCCUCCCACAAUCUUUGCGGCAUCCACGUCGCUGACUCCUCGUCGUAACAGUUCGGCGAUCAGGUCGGGAUACUUGGAGACAUCCUCGAGACCCGUGGGGACGGAUCCAAUGCCAUCAAAAU